AAUCUCCCCUGCACCACGACCUCUCUCUCUCUCUCCCUCUCUCUCUCUCUCUAUAAGGAAGAUGUUUGAGCUAAGGCUAGUGCAGGGGAGUUUACUGAAGAAGGUUCUGGAAGCGAUCAAGGAUUUGGUGAACGAUGCCAACUUCGAUUGCUCUGCCACUGGCUUUUCUCUCCAAGCCAUGGAUUCUAGCCACGUGGCUCUGGUGUCCCUUCUCCUCCGAUCGGAGGGUUUCGAGCACUACCGCUGCGAUCGCAACCUCUCCAUGGGCAUGAGCCUCGCCAACAUGGCCAAGAUGCUAAAGUGCGCCGGCAACGACGACAUUAUCACCAUCAAGGCCGAUGACGGAAGCGACUCCGUCACUUUCAUGUUCGAAAGCCCUACUCAAGAUAAGAUUGCGGAUUUUGAGAUGAAGCUCAUGGACAUUGAUAGCGAGCAUCUUGGGAUUCCAGAAGCGGAAUAUGAUGCCAUUGUUAGGAUGCCAUCAGCUGAGUUUGCAAGGAUUUGCAAAGAUCUCAGCACAAUUGGUGAUACCGUUGUAAUAUCUGUGACGAAGGAAGGUGUGAAAUUCUCCACUAGAGGUGAUAUUGGCACAGCCAACAUUGUUUGCAGGCAGAAUACUUCAGUAGACAAGCCCGAAGAAGCUACCAUCAUAGAAAUGCAAGAGACUGUCUCUCUGACUUUUGCACUAAGGUACAUGAAUUCAUUUGCAAAGGCCACUCCGUUGGCAAGCCAAGUGACUAUAAGCCUUUCUUCAGAACUACCCGUGGUGGUUGAGUACAAAGUUGCGGAGAUGGGUUACAUCAGGUUCUAUUUGGCUCCUAAAAUAGAAGAGGAGGAAGCUGAGGGUCAUGUAGAGACUGUGCCUCAAGUGGAAACCAAGUCUAAAGCUAAGAAGCCUAAAACAGAGGUUAAGCCUAUAACAGAGGUUAAGCCUGAUGCUGACGUUGAGAAUGAAGCGAAGGUUGAGCCUGAAGCGGAUUCUUGCAUGGAGCCUGAAGUGGAAAGCAAGCCUCAAUUGGAGGAUGUCAAGCCUAAGAGGGAAACUAAUGGCAAAGUUGAAGUAAUGGAUGUUGAGUAGUUUUAUCUUAGCAAAGAUUAUAUCAUUUAUGGAGGUGAUAAUUCACAUUGCAUUGGAAGAACUUUAAGGACUUCAAAUUUUGGGUUCCAACUAGUGUAUGUCAGAUGGAGCCUUGUAUGGAAAUUUUAGUUUUAGCAGUUUUUAGUAUUCUAAAUCCGGUGGAUAUGGUAGAUUUUGUGUUAGAAACAUCAAGAGUGAGUGACAGUUUGAGUUGCAACAUGAAAUGGCUUGGGGUUGUGUAUGAGGUUUGGUCAUUGUAAAAUCUGCUUCCUUUUGCAUUUGAUGGAAUGAAUCUAUUUGUUUAACUGUUGA